AUGGAGGCGGGGACGGUGGAAGUGGCGGCCGGGCCAAGGCCAGUGGACGCGGCGUCCGAGGCUGGGAUGGCAGAAGUGGCGGUCGGGCCAAGGCCAGUGGACGCGGCGGCUGAGGCGAGGACGCAGCCGUCACCCGAGCGCCCGGCGUCGGUCGAACCUACCCCGGGCGUGCCGAGCCCGGGGCGGAUGAUGGCGUUGCAGCCUUUGGGGUCCCCUAACCCCCCGGAGGAGGCUCGCGGGGAACCCAACGCCCAACCGGUGCCCGACCGGCCUGCCGACCCCUUCCUGGUCGCGAUCGAGUGCAUCCAGGUGGCGGUCGAGCGGCUGGGCGCGGCGGUGGACGUGAAGGAGGAGCAGCUUGAAGCGGAGCGCGCCAGGCUAGACUUGGAGAGGCGCGCCGCCAACGAGGAGGAACAAAACGCCGUGGAAGAGAACCACGCGGCGGCCGCGCGGGAGCAGAAGCUUUUGGAGGAUACCCGCGCAGAGAUCGCGCAGGAGCGGGAGGUUUUGGGGAGCGCCCACGCAGAGGCUGCGCGGGAGCGAGAAGACGCCGCCCGCCUGGCUGAGGCAUCGCGGCACCAGGCUGCCAAGGCCCUUGCCAGGGAGAGGCGGGCGCAGGAGCGGGAGGAGGCAGUCGCGAGCCGCGAGAUGGAGGCGGAGGCCCUCGAGGCCGACCUGACCUAUCGGGAGGGCGAGGCCGCCCGGGCUCACGCUGACUUCCAGCUUUGGGCAGCGGACCUCCAGAGCAUUGAAGGGGACCUCCGAUGCUGGGAGGCGGAUGUCGCCAUCCGGGAGUUCGACACCGAAAUCACGGCGGCGGACCUGGGCGCCCGGGAGGACUUGCUAUCCCGUCGGGAGGGUGAGGCUGCCGAGGCGGCGGUGGCCGUCGCUGCCAGGGAGGAGCAGAAUGCUAAGCACGAGAAGGAGCUGAUCGCCCGCGAGCAGGCUCUGUCCGAACUGGUGGCUCAGGCGAAGCAGGCCGCCGGCCCUGCACCCGACGCCGGGUCUUCUGGCGCGGCCGGGGGCCAGGGUCUCGAGGAGCAGCUGCGGGCCGCAAAGGAGAGGCUCGAGGCUGCCUUUGCCGCGCGGGUCAACCUGCAGCAGAUUACUUAG